GGGCGUGCGGUGUGGCGAGCGGCCGCGGCGGGCGACGUGCGCGCGGCGCGCAUCCUCUGCGGGGGCGGCCGGCAGUGGCAGCCAGGGUCCGACGGGACGCCUCCGCUGGUGGAGGCGCUGAGGAGGAGGCCGCUUCACAAGCUCAACCUGCUGCUGCGACAGGUCGUCCACGGCACGGGCCCCGACCCGGAGCGGUUGCGGCCCCUGGCGCACGGCGCGGCCGCGCGUUGGGAGCGCGAGGCCGCCCGGAACACGCUGCAGGGCGCCACCUUUGCGCGCCGCGCGGAGCGCGGCCAGCUGCGGGGGCUGAGCGCGCGGGCGCUGGCCGGGCUGCUCGCGGCGGGGCCCGGGGAGGU